GGAAGACAAGUGGACCGGAAAACAGGAAGUUGGCUAACAGGGUGCUACUGUUUACAUAUUUUGGGGGAUCAGCAAGCAGCCUGUAGUUAGUAACAUUACUUAUCUCAGGUGCUGUAAUAAUGGACACUGCAUGCCGGAAAGACAAACCCAAACAGAAGGAGACAUCUGUACGAGGGGACAGAGCGAAACAGAAGUCUGCUCAGCAGGAGCUCAAGCAGAGACAGAGAGCAGAGAUCUACGCACUGAACAAAGUCAUGACGGAACUCGAGCAGCAGCAGUUUGAGGCGUUUUGCAAGCAGAUGCAGUCGCAACCAGAAUGAAGACGUUACUUGUGUAAAACCAAAACUAACUGACGAACUGCAGCAUCGUACACCAUGCUCAUCAAGGGUAUUGAGUGAUUAUGCACUUACCGUUUACUUUAAUAGGAACACUUAUACAGUUCUUCAAUUAGCCAAGCAUGUGAAAGCAGCACAAAGUGCAUAAAAUGCUGCAGAUGCAGUUCAAGAGAUUUAUGUUCACAUUAAGAAAGUACUGACCUCCUGGGAUUCUCACAAGCAACCGAUCUUCAUGUCUGUGUUUGACAUAAGCAUGAACUGAAGCUCUUGAGUUGUGUCUAUAUGAAUGGGUUGCUGCCACAAGACUGGCUGAUUAGAUAAUGGCAUGAAUAAGAAGGAGUAUUACUGGUAAAAAAAUAAAAAUAAAAAAAGGACAGUUAGUGGGUGCGUGAUUAACGUCAAUGCGUUCCAAUAAUCAUGGUGUAAUUAGCAGUAUUUAUACUAAUGUUAUGGUGCAGAGAGCCAAACAAUCAAACACGCUGAUUACAUACUGAGUCUGUGCUUGAAGUAACAUCAAGAAAGGGCAAAAUGUUAAUUAAUGGUGCUUAAUGUUUUAACCUGUUACAUACUCGGGUUCAGUGGGGGAUUCUGGGUUUGUUUGUUUUUAAUUAUGUCAAACAUUUCAGUUACUUCCGGUGUUGAUGUAUUGUGUUAAAGUUUUUUUGUCAGUUUACAGAGACCACAUAAAGGACAACUUGGAAAAGUUUUAACCAUGUCAAAGAGUAUCAUGUUAACCAGAAUUAUGUAAUUUAAUAAAUACUUUUUUUCCCAGCAAGAAGUCAUACAUUACAUAAGAAUUUAUUUUGUGUCAGUCAGGGUCAUUGCAGUGUGUGCUUUAAAAGGCUUCCUGGUGCCACUAUGGUAACCAUGUGAUGACACCAUAACCACACGAUGACACCAUGUGUCAUCGUUCUCCAGG